GGGAGCAUGGCUGCGUCAAAAGUUUUACCGCGAUCCCGCACUCUAUGUUUACAUGCGCUAUAGAACGGACUAUACACAAUAACACAAACUUUAUUAUACAGACUGUGAAGUGAUAAAAGUUUCUACUGCUACUUUAUGUGAAUUAUUAAUGACAAAUGAACUGUGUUUCUGUGAAAAAAUGACCAAGAACUUAUACGAAAUGAUUUCGUUAAAAGUUUGGAUGUGCCUACUUGUGGUGGUCGGUGCGCGCGCACGAUCCGCGCCGCCCGCCCCCGCCGGCUGUCAGUGGGAUUAUUCGGACACAAAGUUGAGUGAAUCUAACUUUCUCACGUGUAACAUCAAAACCAUUGGAUCUGCUGACUUCUUGUUUAAAAACAUUACUACCGCGCAGGCGUAUAAUAUCAACAAGUUAAAGCUUACUUGCACCGACUUAUUGUUCUUUGAAAGCUCGUUGCAUAUGAAUACCGGCAGCUUUUUGGGACAGCUGCGAAAAUUGGAGGACCUGCGCAUUGAGUACUGCAAAAUUCGCUACGUGCCGGCGACUGUUUUAUCUCCUCUUCGUGAUUUGACGAGUUUGACUCUACGUUCUUAUAAUACUGAUUGGCCUGCUAUGACAAUGGAAUUUCACGCUGAAAGCUUUCGUGGUUUGAUGGAACUUCGUUCACUGGAUUUGGGAGACAACAAUAUCUAUAUGUUGCCUUCAGAAGUAUUUUGUCCACUUUUCAGUUUGGAAACACUUAAUCUUACGAAUAAUAGAAUACAAGAUAUAUCCGAAAUUGGAUUCUCCGACUGGGGCAAGGGGCCGAUAGCUCCAGGUAAAUCAUGUAACACUGGAUUAAAAAUGCUUGAUUUAUCUCAUAACAAUGUACUACGACUACCUGACAAUGGAUUUUCAAGUUUGAGAUCUCUAGAAGUCUUGAAUAUUCAAACUAAUCUUAUUAAUGAGAUUGGCGACCGAGCGUUUGUGGGACUGAAUUCAUUGAAAGUUCUAAACUUGUCUGGGAAUAAGCUGGUCGCUGUCCCACCAGAACUAUUCCAAUCUUCAAGAGUAAUCAAAGAAAUCUCAUUAGCUAAUAAUUCGUUAGCUGUGCUGGCUCCUGGCCUAUUAGAAGGACUUGAUCAACUUGAAAAAUUGGAUUUAUCAAGAAAUCGCCUUACAAAUGAUUGGGUUAACCGAGAUACGUUUGCUGGGUUGAUUCGACUAGUAAUUUUGAAUUUAUCUUACAACUCUCUUGCCCGUUUAGACCCAAAGUCUUUUCAAGAUUUGAAUAACCUGCAAGUUUUGAACUUAGAUAACAAUGCAAUUGAAACAAUAAGCAAUGGAGCUUUCGCUGAACUGAAGAAUUUGCAUCAAUUAUCUAUAUCUGAUAACAAGCUGAAAACACUGAACGAGCACAUUUUCUCUAAUUUAUUUGUGCUUAGUCAACUAUAUUUAGAUAACAAUCAAAUUACAACUAUUCACGAGCGGUCAUUUGAAAAUAUUACUUACCUUCAAGAUUUGGGCCUUAACGGGAAUAACCUAAAUACUGUACCUGAUGGUAUAAGAAAAUUGAGAUUCCUGAAAUCACUGGACAUCGGAAAGAACAACAUCACUAAAGUCUCUAAUAUAUCAUUCGAGGGAUUAGAAGAGCUUUACGGAUUGCGUCUGGUAGAUAAUCACAUUGUCAGCAUACCGAAAGAUACAUUUAGCUCACUGCCAUCAUUACAAGUUCUAAAUUUGGCGUCCAACAAAAUAGAAACCAUUGAACAAGACGCGUUUUUGUCAAAUCCUACCUUGAAAGCAAUCCGCUUAGACGGAAAUAAGCUUACCGACAUUAGAGGAGUUUUUAGUAAACUGAAUACCCUCGGCUGGCUUAAUAUAUCCGACAACAAACUUAUUUACUUUGAUUAUAGCUACAUGCCAGAGAGCCUUGAAUGGUUGGAUAUUCAUAGUAAUAACAUCACGAAGCUAGAUAAUGAACACAACGCUCAACAAAAUAUUCGAAUGCUUGACGUAAGUUAUAAUGUAUUGGAAAGCGUUGACGAAAGAUCAAUACCUGAUUCUAUUGAGAUCCUUUUCUUAAAUAACAAUAAAAUUCACACGAUUCACCCAGGUACAUUCUUACAAAAAAGGAACUUAGAAAAAGUUGUCGUGACGGACAAUAAAUUGAGGACUGUCGAACUAUCUGCGUUUACGCUGCCCCAUAUACCGAAGCACAGAUUGUUGCCCAAAUUCUUUAUUGGCAAUAAUCCAUUUGUUUGCAACUGUCACAUGAUUUGGCUACAAAAAAUAAAUCUUUGGAAUCAUAUGAGGCAGUAUCCGAGAUUCAUAGAUUUGGAGUCAGUAAUGUGUGAAGUCGUUAACAAUAAAUACGGCGGGAAGGCUAACUUAAUGGAUGUACCUGAGACACAAUUUCUUUGUUCAUACGAAACUCACUGUUCAUCAAGUUGUUUCUGCUGCGACUUUGAAGCUUGUGACUGCAAAAUGACAUGCCCUGAAGGCUGCUCUUGUUUUCACGAUAGCAACUGGAAUUCUAAUGUAAUCGACUGCUCUAAUGUUGGUUACACUGACAUUCCUGAGAAAAUACCUAUGGAUGCUACUGAACUGUACCUAGAUGGCAAUGACUUCGGUUCAUUAAACAGUCAUUUAUUCAUUGGCAAAAAGAAAUUGCAUAAGCUGUACCUUAACAAUAGCAACAUAGCUACAAUUGAUAACGACACUUUCAACGGAUUGCAUUCAUUAAACGUGCUUCAUCUUGAAAACAAUCAUCUGACAGAGUUAGUUGGCGGCGAAUUUUCACAAACAAAGCACUUGAGGGAGUUAUACUUGAACGAUAACCUCUUGACAAGUGUCGCAAACAAGACUUUUGAGAACUUGUCAUCCUUACGAGUUGCGCACUUACAAGGCAACAAGGUCCUCGACCUUGAUAAAAAGUUGGCGCACAUCGUACAUUUGGAAAGCGUCAAUAUACAAGGGAACGUCUUUACAUGCUCAUGCGAAAACGUCCUACCUCUUCAAAAUUGGUUCAAGAGAAAUUAUCAAGACCCCGUAGAAAUGUUUUGUGCUGAUGAAAGUGGACUUGUUUCAAAUAUAACAGUGUAUGACGUAAUCGACAAGUGUCGUGAUUCAAGUGUAACAGACAAUACUAUACCUACUGAAAACCAACCUUAUCAGUACGAUGAAGUGAGCACCAUAAAAUUGAACUUUGUACCCCUCUUAGCUGUAGUUUUAAUAAGUGUAAUUCUCAUUCUAUUGUUUGGUGCCUUAGCAUUCUCCUUUAGGCAAAAUGUGCGCCUUUGGGCUCAUUCUAAAUAUGGAGUGCGGUUGUUUAAAAGUGCUUCUAUCCAAGAGAGUGAGCUAGACAGAGACAGGCUAUAUGAUGGGUAUGCUGUAUAUAGUUUACUUGAUGAUGAUUUUGUAUCUAAAGUAGUUGCUCCUGAAAUGGAACAUUCUGGCUACACAAUGUGCUUUCACUACAGGGACUUACAACAUGCGCCUGAGAAUUAUCUGUCAGAUCAAAUGACAAAUGCUGCUGAAUCUGCUAAGAGAAUUUUAGUAUUUGUUUCAUUUAACUUUUUACAAAAUGAAUGGUCUAAAGCUUCUUUUAAGGCAGCCCUUAAACAUGUUAUUACUUCUAUUCACCCUUCAAUAAGACGGCAUAGAGUAGUUUUUAUUUUAACAACAGAUGUAAGUGCGUUAAACUUAGAUUUAGACUUCCAAAACUAUUUGAAAACUUGCAAUGUUUUACUGUGGGGCGAAAAGAAGUUUUGGGAAAAAAUCCGAUUUGUGAUGCCAGACACUUCUAACUUACAAUGGAAUAAGGACACACUGAAUUACAAUCAUGGCGUCUGUCCAAAUGGUAGGAGACAUCCCUCGCGAUAUACUGCGUCGCCUACGGCACCGGAACACUGGUAUAAGUACGACGCUAUACCGCCCCAGACUCCGACCACCGCUAAUGUAGGAAUAAAUAUCGAAGAUGACACGUCUAUGUUGACAAACACAACACUAACGAGUCAGAUUCAAGAUGGAGAGCACUUGCAUCAUUCCUACAUUUCAAUAGAUACACAGAAUUAUGAGCAGCCGUACGGUGGUCGGCCUAGGCCACCUAAUAAUACCUUACGUAAGCAUCAUCACCCUGAACACCACUCCCCUUCAAUGCUCGACGAACAGGGUUACUUACAACCCCGAUCAUCUGUGCACGAGUGCGUUCCCCAAACUCAUUUAGUCGCACACAGAUGAUAAGGUGCAAACCAAUCGUUAUCUUACAAAGAUAUUUCUUAAUGGAACGUCACAUUCCAAGCACAUGUGUAAGCUAGACUGCAUUUAUAAGUUGGCCAUGCCUUAUUGAAACGUGAUAGUUUAGAAAAGAGUGUUUUAGACUUAAUUUGGCCAAAACCUUAAUGUGAAAUUUGUUCCUUACUAGGUAACAUAGAUAUAUUUGUCGUAAGAGACUGUUUUAACGGGAUUUGUAUUCAAACUACGUGUUACUACUUUGCGAAAUCUGUAUUAUAGUAAUAAUCUAUGUAGUUAUAUGUAUAACACGACAAAUAUUGUAAAAGUUUGUUGUCCUUUAAGACUGACAGAUUAAAGUUAUUGCCAGUAUCAGGAGUGAUUAAACAUGUUUAAAGUAUUUUGGUAUAGUAUAUUAUAUUAUCUCAUUGUUACCAAAUAUUUUGUAGAUAGAAAUGUAACUAAUCUUUGUGUAAAGUUAAUUAUAAUUCUGUAUAGUUAUACUAGUCAUUAGUUAAGAAUUGGACAGUGUUGAAAUUAGAUAGACAUUCUAUAGUUUGUGAUACUGUCUAUUGAUGUAAAAUAUUAUAAUGUCAUGUUUAGUAUUCAUUACAAUGGUACUCUACAAUAUUAAAUAAACUGUAUCACAAAUUAUAAGUACGUGCAUAAUUACGUAAUUUAAUAAUAUUAUCAUUUGUCGACUGUUAAAAUAAUACUAAAUUAUAAAUAAAA